AUGGACUCACCUCACAUGGACGAAAAGAACACCACUCUCACCGAGCAAGAACGAAAAAAACUCCGCAAUCGCUUAUCGCAACGGGCGUUUCGUCGCAGACAGGCAGAAUGUAUCCGCGAGCUAAAGAACCGUGUAAAUGCGGACCAGCGAUCAGAUAGUGAGCGCGUAGAAGCGCUACAGAAGGAGAAUCGAUUGUUGAGAAAGCAGUUGAUUGAUGUGCAGACAAAAAUGUCGCGCAUGAUGGCGUCGGUGCAGUUGUUGAGUGACUCGGUGGCUAAGACGCUCGACGAUACUGCAAGUGGUGAGGGGGAUGAGCGACAGAGAGAUGAGCGACAGAGAGAUGGGCCUGAGCGGGUGAACGGAAAGACAGAGAGUGAUGAGCAUAUCGCCGAAGAGUCCGCGCUGCAGUCUAUUGAUCUGGAGGCGUUUGAUCCGUCGAUUCUAGACUUUGAUGCGCCGUUUUCAUCAUCGAGCGUCACUGCAUCAACAGACAAUGGUAUCUCGUCAGAACUCAUUAACGUCUCUGGCACAAGCCCUUUUUACUCUCAGAUCCCGAAUAUCUGGAGUCAUGAGUAUCAAAUGGGAAUGCAACCCUAUCUAACCGCCAUCAACGCAACAGCCGAGUCAAGUCUGGUGCUUGGGAAAGAUUACUCCUUUACCAAUUCACCAUUUUCAGAUCACAUUCAGCUCCUUCAGCGAAUGCUUAAGAACAAGCUUAAUACUCUUGGAUUCGUUCCAGAAGGUCAUAAUCCUGUCCAGAGUGUCUACCAACCAGUUCUCAUGGUCUUGUCCAUGUUCAACAGCAUGACCCGUCCGGAUGUAAUGGCAUGGUACGCCAAAACACGCUUCUACCACAUCAUCGAGCUCACAGCCUGGCAACUCUAUCCAUCCUCCGCAACCUUCAAUAAGCUCCAUCCCCGCUACCGCCCUACAACAGCACAGCUCGAGAAUCCUCACCCGGGCAUCAUCGACUGGAUACCCUUUCCCACAAUCCGCGAUCGCUUAAUCCAGCUACACUCUGCAAAUCCCCAUAUCGACCAGAUCUUCUGCGACGCUGUGACUGGCUACGUCGUUGAGGCGCUCAUGUCGGAUCUCGUCCUAGGUGCCCCGCAGAUAACGGUCUACGUGCGUGUAACAGACCUCAUCAACACCAUGUCCUCCGCUACAUCCGAGAGCGAAAACACAAUCGCCAUGCUUCCCGCCCCGGACAUCUCAACAUUAUUCUCAUCACCUGCAUAUGCUCGCGCUGCGUUUAACAAAUUGAACAUGGACAAGGGCGCGGGCUACUACAAGAUCGACCCCGCAUUCUUCGAAAAGUAUCCUGAGCUCUGGGACCAGGCCAGCGAUGUCACAGCAACGGGAAUGCCAUUGAAGCCAAAGUAUCAAAAGAUCCUUACCUACCCAAAGCCGCUCGACUCCUCGACUGUGGAGACUUAUCGAAGCUUUAUCGAUUUUUCUCUCGACGCAGCGAAUACGAUAUCAAUGUCCCCAUGA